CAUAUGGUACUUUUGCUUUUAGACGAAUGCCUUUUGGUUUGUGCAACACUCCAAUUUUUGGCUCUUCAUUUGAUGCGUGCUUACAUAAUCUGUCUAGGGUGCUUAGAAGAUGUGAGGAAACUAACCUAGUAUUGAAUUUGGAAAAAUGCCAUUUUAUGGUUAGGGAAGGUAUAGUGCGAGGUCAUAAAGUAUCCUCUAAGGGUAUUGAAGUUGAUAGAGCUAAAGUUGAGAUAAUUGAAAAGCUUGCUCCUCCUAAAUCAAUUAAAGAAGUUAGAGGUUUUCUUGGACAUGCUGGUUUUUAUAGGAGAUUUAUUAAGGACUUCUCAAAAAUUGCUAAGCCUCUUACUAAUUUCUUGGUUAAGGAAACACCAUUUUUCUUUGAUGAUGAUUAUAUGAAUGCUUUUCAAUUGUUGAAAGAGAAAUUGGUUAAUGCUCCUAUUGUUGUUGCACCUUGUUGGGAUUUGCCUUUUGAGAUAAUGUGUGAUGCUAGCAAUGAUGCUUUAGGUGCAGUUUUAGGACAAAGAAAAGAUAGGAAAUUUCACACCAUUUAUUAUGCAAGUAAGACAAUGAAUGAUGCUCAAAAGAAUUACACUAUUACUGAAAAAGAGUUGCUUGCUGUGGUGUUUGCUUUUGAAAAGUUUAGGCCUUAUCUAAUUUUAUCCAAGGAACCAUUUCUUUACAAGAUAUGUAGCGAUGGAAUGAUUUGGAGAUGUGUACCACAAGAAGAGGUAGAUGCAAUCUUGAGUUUUUGUCAUGACAAAGAAGCUGAUGGUCAUUUUGGUGCCUCCAAAACAGCAUCUAAGGUUUUGCAAUAUGGAUUUUAUUGGCCUUCUUUAUUUAAAGAUGCUUAUGCUUAUGUGAGUGCAUGUGACCAAUGCCAAAGAACUGAUUUCAUGGGUCCUUUUCCUUUAUCUUUUGGUAAGGAGUAUAUUCUUGUUGCUGUAGAUUGUGUGAGUAAAUGGGUAGAGGCUGUUGCAUGUCCUACUAAUGAUGCUAGGGUGGUUGUUAAAUUUUUGGAGAGUAAUAUUUUCACUAGAUUUGGCACACCUAGGACUGUCAUUAGUGAUGGAGGUAGAUCCACUGAAAACCCUCACGAGACACAACUCAUCCACUAUGGUGACUUAGGAGUUUAAAGGCUUGUUGCACAUGCUAAGUGCAAUCGUGAUUCCUACGAAAGUGAGUUAUGUUUUUCUUUUUUUUUUUGGUUUAUUUUUUUAUUUUACUUGAGGACGAGUAAAACUUAAGUUUGGGGGAAUUUGAUAAGUUGAAUUUGUAUACAUAUUAAUGUGAAAUUGUUGCCUUGGUGUUAUUGAUAUUUGGAUGAAUUUUAUGAGAUUUUAUUGAGUUUUACAUGGUUUUCAUUAUUUGAGCAGAAAAGGACUUGAAUACAUAAAAGAAGAGUUUUUGGAAUUAAUUGAAUAUCUUUUG